UAAAUUGACAAUAUUGCGAUAUAAUAUUAAAACAUGCAUACCAACCAAAAGAGCCAAUUCAUCACUUAUUUUGAAGACUCCUUACCUUCUCUAGAAUCAUCAUCUUCUGGAUUAGGAUCCGAAAGCUCUAAGAGUUCAUACAAGAAGGCGAAUAACUUCUGCUUACCUUCUUUCUCUCCCUCAGCACCUACUGUGCCAAAGAAUCGAUCAAAGAAAGCCCCUGGGAGACCUUCUCCGUUCACUAAAGCUCAAAGUGAGGACUGAAAGACACCUUCGCACCUAAAACUCACUAUCAACACCAAAAGUGCUAAAAAUUCCUGCAAAUCUCAACUGUGAGCUGAGGAGUACCUUUACAUCCUCCCGCAAAAAUCCAUUCACUCUCUUGAGAACAAAUUAAAUGACUUCCUCACUUGUGAAGGAGUCAAGCAAAUUCAUUUACAAGCAGCCUUCGAGCAAGCCCGAGGGUUCUAAGAUUAAUCUAUCCAUAAUACUAAUGCUUGAAGCUGCCGUCAGCAAUCAGUGUAUCCAUAUACUCCCUCGUCACAUGAUUCAAAGGAUACGAGGACUCAAGACCUAAUAGUAUCUUUGAGUUAAAAAUAUUGUGCAGGCUUCUAAUUACACUAACCUUAAUAAUACAUUACUAAAUGAUUUA